AUGUUGCGAAACUCGGGCAGACCAUAUGUGUGCUGGAGAUGUCUUUCAUCUAGGCCGUCAUCAUCAUCAGUCGCCAGCGGCUUGCCAUCCACCCUAACACUCCAGCAGCUGGGGACAGGCUCAUCCACAGAGUCCAGAAGGUCAUAUGCGGGUAGAAGGUCCUACUACAGCGGCAAUCAGGGCGGUAAUCAUCGCGGGAACUAUGACCACCAGGGCGGAAACGCUCGUGGUGGAAACUAUGGCAAUGGCAGAGGUGGGUAUCGCAAGCCUACGACCACAGCCACGAAAGAAGAAUUGAAAUACAUUCGCCAAAAGUCGGACAUCAGAAUGCGGCUCCGAGAAUGGGAGAGCGCAAAUUACUCACCCUCAAAGCGUCUGCUUCAAGACCUACCCGCGCAGGACACGCCGCUGUUGAACUACCUCACCAGACCUGACCUGCUCCCUGGCGCUUUGGGACUCAUGAAUGGUCGAGAGGGCGAGCUGCACGACAAGACCAAGACAAACCGCGACUUGUCCAAAAGCGAUGAUCUCCAGGACCUGCGAGGAUCUACGUUCGCUCUCAAACCCGGUGACCUGGUCGAGACAAGAUACAACAGCGGCCGCUUGCCCAUCCUGGCGGUCUGUAUUGGCCGUCACAACAAUUCACAGUACUUUUACAUGAGCACCGGUGAACUCGUCCCAGAGCGCAAUAUUGUCACCCUCUUCAUCCUCAAAAACUUUAUCGACCCGUACAGACUCAAGCCCCUUGCCGAUAUUUUGCCUGCGGAACCCGAAACGGAGGAGCGGCGCAACGCGCUGUUUCACAACCAUACGCCGGCCGCUCUCAAGACCGCCGCCGAUUUGCAGAGAGACUUGAUCAAAUUCUACCAGGACUCCGUCUCGUUCUACCAGUCCCAGCUCACCCUGGACCUCGCGAGCAAACACUUGGCCACGGACGAGCGGCAGUACCUCAGCCUCGAGGAGAUCGCGGAUAAGCUUCUGCCUCAGCACGUAAAGGCGGGCGACAUGUUCCUCCCUCAUCAGCUGUAUGCUGUGCAUACCGCCCUGACUCGCGAUGGAUGGGGGUUCCGCCCGCUCAAUAUGAAGUGGCAUCGGCGCAACUACAUCUACGAGGUCAGGUCCAUAUCCGACCUCAAACUUUUGAACAAGGUUGAGAACCAGGUCCGCGAACUGGUGGAGGGCGCCGCGCUGCGCGAAAACCCGGCGCAAUCCCUCUCCCUCCUCCGCCAGAAUAGUCUCGGUUCUUUUAUCCUCAAGGCCCGUGGGGUCAUCCAGGCGAGCCGGCUGAGGCGAGAGUGGACGCCCCAUGGCAUGAUCGGACCCAGCAACGACGAGGUGGCAAAUCUCGCGACAUGGAGCAAGCAGGAUCUCGAAUACAUCCGCUUCAUGGAGCUGUGGGCGUGCCAUCGCAUUGUGCCGAAGCCAUCACAGCUCGAGAGUCUGGGCUCCACCAUUCUCAAGCUGACGGACUGCUACAAGGAUUCUGAGUGGGUGGCGCACUGGACAGCCUUCACUUUCCUUCAGGAGAUUGGCUGGAUUCCACCCUGGGAUAUUCCAGCUCGUUACGAGUACAAGCUCGCGGGCACUACGGUCCAGCGAGGCGCCACCAUGGAGACACCCCUCGUGGACGUCAACGAAUCACUCCGACCUGAUAUCGCUGAGGGUCACAGGCGAGACUGGGGAAAGACGACAAUCUUUUGUGUGGACCCUGAGCAGACGGCCGAUGUGGAUGACGGCUUCUCUGUCGAGGCGGCCGAGAAGCCGGGGGAAUAUUGGAUUCACAUUCACAUUGCCGACCCCGCCUCCCGUAUCGACCCCAAGUCCGCGCUCGCUCGUCAACUUGAAAAGGCGCCAUCGAGUUUGUACAUGCCUGGGUACAACCAAAAGAUGCUGCCGCGGGAGCUCGAGCGGGAGUUCUCGCUGAACCCCGGCCGACCGUCUUUGACGUUCAGCGCCAGAGUCAACGAGAUAGGAAACAUCCUGGAUUACAAGGUCGAACCAGGCACUGUGCAAAAUAUCUUGCACAUCCCCAAGCAUGAAGUCACCGGUAUCCUGCCCGGUCUUGAAACACAGACCGUCAGCAAGACCUUUGUCGUGGGCAAGCCGCCCCCGCCGCCCAAGCCUGUGAAGCGUAUCACUACUGCGGCGGAUUUGUCCCCGGAAGAUAGGGAUGACCUUCUCCUCAUCAAUCGCCUGUGCAAAGCCCUUAAGCACCGCCGCGUGGAGAAGGGACAGCUGCCGCCUUUCGAGACCAGGUUCGACUCCCCCAAGGUGUCUCUCAACCAUAUCAUCGUCAAAGGCGACGCCGAUGACCUGACCAGGUCGAUGGCGUGGCAGGGUGAUCCGUUCAUCGAGUUCAACACGUCCACGUACAGCAAGGCCGACCGCCUCGUCGAGACUCUCAUGCACACGGCUGGCGAGGUCGCCGCAAAGUGGUGCCAGGCCCGCGCCAUCCCCGUCCCCUACAGCACUCAGCCGGACGCGGUCACAAACGCAAAGGGUCUCGCCUCUUACCGCCGUGAGCACAUCGACCCCCUGUCGGCGGAAGGCAAACCCAUCCCCGCGGAGCACAUCCACCGGCUCCUCGUCUACGUCGGCAACUCGGAGCUCUCGGUCAGCCCGGCGCCCUUUUACGCCGUCGGCGUCGACGCUUACGCAAAGUCGACCAGUCCCAUCCGCCGCUUCAACGACCUCGUCGUCCACUGGCAGAUCCACGCCGCCCUCGCCCACGAGCGCAAGACGGGCCGCUCCCUCGUCGGCGAGGAGCUCUUGUCCGACGAGAAUGCUGCCGCCAUCCUUCCCUGGACGCACCGCUCCCUCUCCGACGCGCUGCCGAUGCUCCACGCCCUCCAGCGCCAGAUCAAGCAGGUCGACAACAAGAACGCCCCGACGCACUGGGUGGCGCAGGCACUACUGCGCGCGUGGCGCUUCGGCGAGGCGCCGCUGCCAAAGACGUUCAAAUUCGUCGUUGAUGCUGUCUACGCGUUUGGACUGAGGGGCAGGCUGAGCACCUUCUACAACCUGGGCGCCUCUGUGGACCUGAUUAGGCUGGAGGGCUAUAGUAGGCUCGCGGACGUGCAGGCUGACGAUGUGAUUGAUGUCGAGAUUGCCGACAUCAAUGUCGUGACGAUGCAGAUUUGGUGUCAGCCUGUGGGACGACGACGGGUCGACAAGAAGAAGGCAGCUAAGAAGGAUGCUACGCCUGCUCGGGAUGCGGCGGCGGCUACUCCUAUGCCUGCUUGA